AUGGACACAUCAUCGUCCUCCAUCUUCCAAAGGUUCCGACGUCGAUACACCAUGUUACCAACGCACGACGCCAGCGACGACAUGGGACCUUCAUCGGCUGAACGCUCUCGAUCCCGCGAUGUCGAUGUCGAUGUCGAUGACGAUGACCACCCCCGAUCCAAACGCCCCAUCUGGAACUGGCACCGCAACCACUUCGGUGGCGCACUGCUCUUCAACACCGCCGCCUUCAUCCUGCCCGCCUUAUACGGCACACUGGCCAAGCUCUGGGUCGCCAACAUCGAUCGGGAUCUCGUCGUCACCACAGAUGUCUACACCUACAUCGGCACCAUCGCCGAGGUCCUAAACGAGGGCUUGCCUCGCGCCGCAUGGGUCAUCAUCGGCGACAGCGCAUCCAGGACCUGGACGCAACGGCUCGGUCUGACGCACACCCUCCUCCUCUUCCAAUCCGUUCUCGGUCUCAUCAUGAGCCUCGGUUUUCUCGGGGGCGCGGCCACGUUCGCCAAGGGCUUCGUGCCGAUCGAGGUGCGCGAUGCCAGUCUCACGUACGUGCGCAUCAGCGCCUUCUCCGCGCUUAGUUCCGCUAUCGAAACCGCCGUGGCGGCUGCGACCCGCACCCUGGAUAUGCCGGAUGUCCCGCUGGUUAUCAGCAGCACCAAGUUUGCCGUGAACAUCACGCUGGAUUUGUUGAUUAUCUCGUGGUUCCACGUCGGCAGCCAAAAGCCGACGAUCAACAUGCAGGCCGGGAUCCAGCUCACCUGCAACAUGACAGCUGCCCUGGUCGGACUGGGCUACUUCUUCUGGGCCACACGACGGCCCCCUCUCCCACACGGUGAUGGUGAUGCUCAGCAAUCCGAACCCACCAACACCAACAACAGCACCCGCCCGACCCUCCGCGCCCUCCUAAUCCUCCUCCGCCCGGGCCUCCUCACCCUAAUCGAAUCCGCCGUCCGCAACGCCCUCUACCUCUGGCUGGUAACCACCAUCGUAGCCCUCGGCACAACCUACGCCACAGCCUGGGGCAUCUUCAACACCAUCCGCUGGGGUCUCGUCAUGAUACCCGUACAAGCUCUCGAAGCCACUUCCCUUGUCUUCGUCGGCCACCGCUGGGGCGCCUGGCGACGCAGCAUUGGCACGACCACCCGCAAGCCCGGCCGUGUGGCGUUCCGCGGUACCAUCUUCCGGAUCGUGCAGCCCGCACUGUUGGCGGCGGGUAUUGCCGUUGCUAUUGAGGUUCCCGUGGCGAUUGCCCUGUCGCUGCGCGGGGCCCGGUCGUUUGCGCGGUAUCUGAGCGAUUCGGAUGAGGUGGCUGAGGUGACUGCGUAUAUGUGGCGGACGAUUGAUUGGUGUUAUAUCUUCUAUGCGGCCUCGACGCAGCUGGCGACGGUGGUGCUGGCGACGCGGCCGAAGUGGUAUUUGUAUCAGAGUUUGGCGAGUAAUUUGCUGUACGUGCUGCCAUGGGCGGUGGUGUGUCAGGUGGGGAGGUUAGAUACGGGGAAUGCGUGGACGUAUCAUAGUUUGGUGUUUGGGGGGAGUUUGGUGUUUAGUUUUGUGGAUAUUUUGGUUGUGGAUGGGUUGUGGGUGUGGAGUUUGAUGACGGGCAGGGCGAGGUUGGAGAGGGUGCGGCAGGCUUGA